CCGCCACAACCAGACUGAGCCGACUUACAGACCGACCAACAUUCCACCUUCUUAAGAAAAACAAUCUCUUCAAUUGUAACUCACUCCAUCAUAUCUCCUCCACCAAGUAUCCUUAUCUGCACCUUGUUGAUACCCAUUGACACAACCGCCACAAUGUUCGCCUGGUACCAAAGAAGUCUCAUCCAACGACCCUACCUAACGCAGGGUCUAACCACAGCCGCCCUCUUCGCCCUGGGCGACGGCCUCGCGCAAACCGCCAUCGAAAAGCGUCCCCUCGCCGAAUAUGAUGUAAUGCGCAGCAGCCGGAUGGCGCUGUAUGGUGGAGCCGUCUUCGGUCCCGUGGCCACAAAAUGGUACCAACUCCUGCAAGCCCGCGUAGCCUUCCGCUCAGCAGGCACGACGCUCGUCGCCCGCGUUGGCGCGGACCAGCUCCUCUUCGCGCCGACGAUGAUUGGCGUGUUCCUGAGCAGCAUGUCGCUCCUCGAGGGGAAAAGUCCGGCGGUGAAGCUGCAGCGAAGCUACUGGGACGCGCUGCGCGCGAACUGGACGGUGUGGCCCGCUGUGCAGGCGGUUAAUUUGUUUCUGGUGCCCCUGCCAUUUCGGGUUUUGGUGGUGAAUGUGGUUAAUGUUGGGUGGAAUUGUUUUAUGAGUUUGAUUAAUAACGCCCCUCGCGGGGAGGAGCAGCCUAUUGGGGCUUGAUUGAUUUGUAAAGUGCUGGGUUUAAGUGGUUUGGGGCUGGGGGACUCGCAGUGGGUUGGGUUUAUGUACAAGUGCUGUGGUGGUUUGUGUGGCUUUAUUGUAUAGAUGGCAUAGAUUUGAGGGCUUGGUUCUGACACUGGUUUGGUUCACUGGAGCGACAAUGUAUUAUACUCUGGAUUUCCAGCUACGCGUUAUUCUGAUUAUGCGCAAUGCCAUCCGGACAAGGGCAUUGAGAC